GCUUGAGAUAUCGAUCGAAUUAAACUGUACGCAAAAGUUAGAACUUGGAGUGAGAAAAUUCAGAUAUGAGGGGAACUGGAGGACCGUUGUUAUGCAUCGGAGAUCUCCUGAGCGAUGUGGGUGAGGAAGAAGACGUGGUUUCAGCUCCCUCUCCCUCAUCGUCUUUCCCUUCGGUUUCUGUUUCGGAUUCAAGCCUCGCUCCUGAUCUCCCCAAACUCUUCCAGGAAAACUACGAGCAUUUGAAUAAGGCACUUGCUGGCACAGACCAUUCUUGGACGGCUUUGACAUUGAAGCUAUGCACUGCCCUUGAAACUGCGAACGAGCUGCUUCAGUCUACCAACUCAAAUGUUGGAUUGUUGUCAGAGAAGGUUGGGGAACUUCAGAAAGUUGUCAAGAGAGCGGAUUCUGCCAUUGCAGCUGCAAAGGCUGUCCAUGUUAAUCUAGAUGACGAGAAAGGUGCCAUUAUUGGCCAUGCAAAAUUCAAGUAAAUUCAGCUCUUAUUGCGAGAUUAGUUCAGGAAAAACUUCACAUGAUAUUUUACUACUUGACAAUACAAUUGUAUCAUUGUUAUUUAAGAGCCAGAGAUCCGAUGGGAAGACAUGAAAAAUGGUUGAGUAGAUCACUGCGACUUCUAUCAUGUUAAGGGGUCUUUUUUGA